CAUUGUGGAAAUUUUCAGUCAAACAAUUUUCCUUUUUUCAGUUAGGUACCUAUUUUCUUACUGUCUGUGUGUAAUAUGUGAGAUUAUAUUUUACUGUAGAAGUGAAUUAAACUGUUGGAUUCGUGUUAUUAACCCCCCAUCUGAAAAAUUGUAUUACCGACUUCAUAAGCGAAAAUGAUGCGACCUCCGCGAUUCUUGCACCAAAUACGAACUGUGGCAACGGCCACCGGUCCCCAGGGUCAAGCUACUGGUAAAGCUACCCCGCUUAAAGCUGCUUCACUAUCGAAGAAUCCACAUAUUGACCAAAUAAUUCGCGUGGAUCAUGCCGGCGAGUUAGGCGCGGAUCGCAUCUACGCGGGGCAGUACGCAGUCCUUGGCAACACGGCUGAAGGGCCAACCAUACAGCACAUGUGGGAUCAAGAGAAGGUCCACCGACAGACCUUCGAGCAUCUGAUCAACCAGUACCGGGUCCGCCCGACUGUCUUGACGCCUAUUUGGAAUGUCGCUGGAUUCAUGCUUGGGGCCGGCACAGCACUGCUCGGCAAAGAAGCAGCGAUGGCAUGCACGGUGGCUGUCGAAACCGUGAUAGUAGACCACUACAACGACCAACUCAGGACCCUGAUGGAAGACCCGAACAUCGACAAGGAGAUCCUACAAACCAUCACGAAGUUCCGUGACGAAGAACAGGAGCAUCACGACACGGGGAUAGACCACGGAGCGGAACAAGCGCCGUUCUACAAAGCCCUAACGGAAGUCAUCAAGGCCGGAUGCAAAGUCGCCAUUGCUAUAUCGAAAAAAAUUUAGUUCAUUAGGUAUCCGAAUUAUACUGGUAUUUUAGUAGUUA